AUGGAAAACACAGAAACCGUGCGGGAUCUCGCUCGUAGUCUCCAGAGUUCUAUUAGUGAGCUAGAAACAGCCUUGCAUCCCAUCGCUGGUCGGUCAUUGGAGGAUCUUACAAAAGAUUGCAAGCUGCCUAAAGAGGAGGCAGAUGUUCUCAACAAGUACCUAUAUUGCACUGUUUCCAUAGCAUUCGCAUACCUCAAGGUCCAGGGCAUCAAUACUGAUGGCCAUCCUAUCAUGAAAGAGCUUGAUCGUGUCAAAGCCUCGAUGAAGAGGAUGAAGGACUUGGAAGCAGCUCAACAGAAGUCCGAAAACAAGAAAGCUCAGAGCAAGGAGGAAGCUGCUGAGUAUAUUCAAAGGACAUUGGGCGGUGCCUCGGGAGGUGCUGCUGCCAGCAAUAGCAUGAAGUCACCAGCAAUCUCAAGUUCGAACUUCCAGGGAAAGCAUACAAAGUUUGAAGAUGACGAUGAUUCUGAACCAGAACUACAAAAGGAGGAGACGACACCAGCAACAUCCUCGAAGAUUGCCGCAAAGAAUACAUCAUCCACCUCCGAAAAGGCUCAACCUCUGAAAUCAUCGAGUUCACCUCAAUCAUCUAAGGCAUCAAAGAACAAAAGUCAGAACAAGGUCAGUAAGCCGCAACCGAAGGGCCAGAGAAAAGCAAGACCGAACAGGAGAUAG